ACUAAAGCGCCAUCUCCCAGACUGUACACUCCAGGCUGCAUUUAGUAGUCUCUGGGUGUGCAGGCACUGAGCCACCUCUGGAUUUAAAGCGCAGUUUACUCGUUUCCGCGCAGUUCCAGACAUCGCUCUGAAAGAAUCAGCAAACGUACGGAAAUCCAACAGCUACCAAUACUCUUUGUGACCACUUAUCUGCAGAGACUUUGUGGCUUUCUGCUGCUUAGUCGCAUUUUUUAAGCGAGAACGUUCACAUGCGGAUCAUACUGUGAAUAGGAAGAAAGGGGGAAAUCCGGCGGAACCUGGAGUAGCACAACAACAAAUAUCUGACCUCGACCUCCCUGGACGGUACUGAACUGGAUGUUGAAAUAGAGAUGGCGAGAUUUCGCAUCACCCCGUCUCCUCCUCCAACACACAUGCUGCCGAGGCUGAUGAUGAUGUUUGCGUAGGAGUGUUUUAUUUUGCGGACAGCUUCGGUUAACCAGUAGGAACCGUUCAAACAACUCCAGACAAUCGGUGGAUGGAAUUGUGUGCUGCUGCCUGCCUGCUUCAAAAGCAUCUUCCACAGAUCACAUCAUACCAUUGUUACCGGAGUGCUUUUCAGUGGUCUCUCUGCAAGUCGGGAACUGGAAAGAAAAUGUUUUGCAUGGCAACGCUGUGCGUGGAGAAGUAGUCUUCAGUACAAAGAAUACGAAUGUUAAAGGUGGACAUUUUUUUGUUUGUUUGUUUGCAAAGGGCGUAUCUGCUAGUUUUUAAUUAUCAACUAAAGAGGAACCAGGCCCGGUGGGUUUUAUUUUGACCUGAGUCGAACUCCAGCUCCACUUUGAUCGCAGGCACUUCAGCGUUUAGUUCAUAUCUUUACCGGCAUUGGAGGCUUUUUUUUUCUCGGCGUAUUCACCGGUGUCAUUAUUCGUCACUGAGGUUGACAGACUACAGCCUGCCGAGGUCGGGACCUGAGCCCCAAGGAGCCACCCCUACCCUCAAUGUGACCCGGCGAAUUCCUCUUAUCUCUGAAGGGUGUUGAUGGAGAGCAAUUCGAAUGACAGCCGGGACUGUGGUCAUCACUGGUGGAAUUCUAGCUUCGGUUAUAUUACUCCUUAUCAUCGCAGUACUGUGCUACUGUAGGCUGCAGUAUUAUUGCUGCAAGAAGGAAGAGUCUGAGUCGGAGGAGGAGGAGCCAGACUUUGCCGUUACAUCUCACCUCCCGCCGGUUCACUCCAAUCACAACAUUGUGGCGGCUACAGCCGCCGCCUCCUCCAUCCCAAAUGGCCCUGCCCUUUUUUCCACCCCUCCAAUGGCCAGGAAACUGACACGAUCGCAGACCUUCUGCCCAUCCUGUACACACUAUGAGAUGCCUUUCUACCUCCAGCCACCUCAGCCGCAGCUCCACCACCAACCAGAUGGGUUGAGGAACGGAGGGGACCGGAUCAGCUAUCGCAGUGUCCAGCAGCAGGAUCUGGACCUGCCAGUGCCUGUAAACAUUUCAAACUAUCGUAAACCAAACCUUGCCCGUUCAGUUACCAUGAGGGACAUGUUCACACGCAGCUGUAGCAUCAGCACUGAUGUUUAGCUGGGUAAGGUUUAACUUAGUUUAAGCUGAUUCUUACAUUCAUCUUAAUGGCCUGGGCUGGACUGGGCUUGAAUGAGACUGUGUUUUUGUCGUCUUGACCUGUGUAGUCCGAUCUAGUCUGGUCUCAUUCUACCAGUCACUUUUUGCAGAAUGGAGGACUCAGCUGGCUCUCAGGACAGUUCUUUCAAAGGUACUAUGCUCAGGUCCUCACACUUGGGCCAAGACAAAGUGUUUAAAAUAUUAAAUUACCAACAACAUAAACUUGUUUUGAAUCUUUUUUUUUUAAAGAUUAAUUAAUUUCUUUUAUGAUCUGAUAAAGUCUGUGUUGCCCUACUUCCUCUGGGCUCCUCUACCGUGGCCUGUAGGAUAGGCAGAUUCAUGAUGUGUCAAAAUGAUGUUCAGUAGGGAUUUCUCUCUUCCAGAGCUGCUGCAAACAAAAUAUGAUUAGGAAAAGUCCAGUGUUUCCCUCUCUUAUGAUGGGAUUAUCUGUCUGGUCCUCCAUCCACAGAUUAUAGAGGUUAUGAAAUAUCACUCACAGCCAGUGGAGGAGGGAGCGGGUUGUUGUGUUUAGCUGCCACCCCGCAGACAUUUUCGACAGACGUAACUUAUGCCAUAACAUUUUAAGACGUAAAGGGCUCACAGAAGAUUUCCCUCAUCCUUUCAUAGAGUUGCAUAGUUUGACAAAAGGCUGGUUUCUUGGAGCAUCAAAACACAGUGUAUAUACAGUAUUUUACACUUCAGAAGAGAAAAAUCUCUGCAUUCUUGCAGGCAGUGUGGACUAGGUGCCAAAAAGGUUUUUGAUCUUCAUUUGUGUGCAUAUAUGUGAAGAUACCGGCAUGUGUGUGUGUGUGUGUGUGUGU